AAUGCUUGUUGCACAAUUUUAUGCCAGUUAUAGUCCUUUUCUAGUUAAUUACACAUCUAUGAAAAAUAUCCCCAACAGAAUGUAAAACAAAUUAAAAAAAAAAGAAAUUCAGGAAAUAAUCAUUUGUUUCUGCUUUUCAUAGUAACAGUAACUACCAUUAAUUGAGCAUUUUCUCUGUGUCAGACACUACUCUAAAUGCCCUCUCAAUUAUCUCAUUUAAUUCUCUAAAAACUUCAUGAGGGGGGUAUGAUUAUUAUUCUCACUUAAUAGACCAGGAAACUAAAGCAUAAUUGGACACAGUUAUACUUAGUAUGUGGCAAAGUCAAAAUUCAAUCCCAGUCAGGGUGACGCUGGUGUCCCCAGCGCUCCGGGGGUCCCUGUUAAGGUUUCCAGGCCUACUCCUGGGUUGGCGAACAGAUGGGGCGGGCAGGCGAGGGGAAAGGGGGGGGAGGGGUGGUCAGCGAGGCAUUUCUCUUAUGAAUCACCUAAGACGCUAAAUGUUGUGCAUGGCUUGUUUUCUUUUUUUCUCUCUAAUGGUUCACUUGACAGCUUCAAUCUCUUCCCCCUUUGCCUGUCCCCCUGCUGCCACAUUGUUUCUGUUCAUUCAAGUAUCUACUGUGCCUGGCACUGAGAGGUUCUGUGGGUGAGUCCAAGGAGAAACAGACACAGUGUCCACCUUUGAAAACUGCCUAAUUUGGUGAGCGGGGGUGGUUACAAAAUAAAUCCAACAAACCCCAAUACCAGGCAGAACAUGCUCCACUGGAGGUGCAAAGGUCCUGGAGGAAGGCUCCCAGCAGUGCUGACAAUUCAGGUGGCACUGGAGGAUGAGGGGUUCAGAUGGCUGAAUGGGAGGAUUGAUUGCCCACAGAGGGACUGGCCAGCUCAGAAAUCUUUCUCCAAUGAUUGAUAAGAAGACUCCAGCCGUUUUGUUUUCUCCAAUUCCAGGUUCCAUCUCCAGCCACCCAGCCACCAAGAUGGUGACUGCACUGCUGCUGCUUUCCGCACUGGCUGGCCUCUUCGGUGUGGCAAAGGGACAAGCAUUCCAUCUUGGGAAGUGCCCGACUCCUCCUGUGCAGGAGAAUUUCGAUGUGAAUAAGUACCUUGGAAAAUGGUAUGAAAUUGAGAAGAUCCCAGUAAGCUUUGAGAAGGGAAGCUGCAUCCAAGCCAACUACUCACUAAUGGAAAACGGAAACAUCAAAGUGCUAAACCAGGAGCUGAGAUCCGAUGGAACCAUAAAUCAAAUUGAAGGUGAAGCCUCCCAAGCCAACCUCACAGAGGCUGCCAAGCUGGGAGUGAAGUUUUUCUGGUUGAUGCCUUCAGCUCCAUACUGGGUCCUGGCCACCGACUACAAGAACUACGCCCUCGUGUACUCCUGUACCACAAUCCUCUGGCUGUUUCACGUAGAUCACGUUUGGAUCUUGGGAAGAAACCCUUAUCUUCCUCAGGAAACAGUGACCUAUUUAAAAGAUAUCCUGACCUCUAAUAACAUUGACAUCGAGAAAAUGACUGUCACAGAUCAGGCAAACUGCCCCAAGUUUCUGUAACGAGUUUCUAAAGGGAGGCUGCAUUCACCCCAUAUUCUUUCUUUUGCUUUGCUUCCCCCACCCCGCCAACCCUUCAUAAAGACAAACCAACACACCAUGGCAAAUCAUUGCAAAUACCAGAAGGGAAAUUUGGCAGCAGAAGCCAGUGGAGAGGAACUUAAGGAAAGUUGGCUCAAAAACUUAGCCAUUCACUAUCUUGUUACUUUGCGAGCUUAAUAAUAAACUUGUUGCUGAUCUGCUGUGAUCAUGGUAAAUUCUGAAGUGGAUCA